CUCCCCGAACGCGGUCGUCUCAGCUGGCAUGAGCUAACCUCCGAGUCCGACAUGGAAACCAAACCGUUCCUGUCAUUGGGGUUUUUGAAGCCCCAGUGCUCAUUGGCUCCCCCCAUGCAACGAGGUCGUUCGUCUGAGGUGUGUUCAUGUUUCAGCGGUGUUUGUCCCCUCCAUCAGCGUCGCCUAUCCUCAGAUUCUUCAGGACAGGUGACCUCCUCACCUUUAGGCUCUCCUACUUCCCAUCGUGGAAUGCAUCCCUCUUUGCUGAGCCCCACCUCCAUGGGGCCCUCUGGCUCUCUCCAUUCUCCCAUCAGCACCCUGAGUUCACCGAUGAACGGCCUCACCUCACCCUUCUCAGUCAUUAGCUCACCCAUGGGGCCGCACUCCAUGAACUCACCUGGCAUGGGCUACGGCCCCAGCAUCAGCCCACAGGUGAGGCCUCAGUUGAACUCUCCGAUGAACUCGGUCAGCAGCACGGAGGACAUUAAGCCCCCGCUGGGCCUCAAUGGCGUGAUGAAGGUGCCCGCUCAGCCCUCAGGCACGGCUCUGUCGCUCACCAAACACAUCUGCGCCAUCUGUGGCGACCGCUCCUCAGGAAAACACUAUGGUGUCUACAGCUGUGAAGGCUGCAAAGGCUUCUUCAAACGAACCGUUCGCAAGGACUUGACCUACACCUGCCGCGACAACAAGGACUGCGUCAUCGAUAAGCGCCAGAGGAACCGCUGUCAGUACUGCCGCUACCAGAAGUGCUUGGCCAUGGGCAUGAAGAGAGAAGCCGUCCAGGAGGAGCGCCAGCGAGCCAAGGACAAGAACGAGAACGAGGUGGAGUCCACCAGCUGCGUGAACGAGGACAUGCCCGUGGAGAAGAUCCUGGAGGCCGAGGAGGCGGUGGAGCCCAAAACCGAGACCUACAUCGAGACCAACCUGGGGAUGCCGUCCAACUCGCCCAACGACCCAGUGACAAAUAUCUGUCAGGCGGCAGACAAGCAGCUUUUUACUCUGGUGGAGUGGGCCAAGAGGAUUCCCCACUUCUCGGAGCUGCCGCUGGACGACCAGGUCAUCCUGCUACGAGCAGGUUGGAAUGAACUCCUCAUUGCAUCAUUUUCGCACCGUUCCAUCGCAGUAAAGGAYGGGAUUCUGUUGGCRACGGGCCUGCACGUGCAUCGCAACAGCGCCCAUAGUGCCGGAGUGGGAGCCAUCUUUGACAGGUCGCUCUGUAGGGUGCUCACAGAGCUGGUGUCAAAGAUGAGAGACAUGCAGAUGGAUAAGACUGAGCUGGGUUGCCUCCGAGCCAUCGUCCUUUUCAACCCAGGUAACAAUCAUGAGCARGUUUUCACUUUCAGCUGGAGCUUUGAAAAAGGUCUGCAAAGUGAGGGUUAUAAAGGAGGAGCAUAAAAAACCCAGUUAUGCUUCUAAAGGGGGUAAUAACAGGGCGCAGGAGCCCUGUAUUUAUUCAUACACUGAGUUCUGUCCAAAAGCCUUCAGUUAGCCAUUAUUUCUUUGCAUUUUGCUUCCAACAGCCGAACUGUUUUUAUGAUAYUUGAACAUGCUCUCGAAUUGUUUUCCCAACUUUCUGUAGGUUUGUCGAAGCAUUUUUCCAUUUUUUUUUUAUUUUUCAGUUCAGACUGCGCACCUUCAAAAGAACAUCUCUCUUUCUUAUUUCCCACAAAGAUCUCCACUCAUUUUCCGUGCAAGCAAACAUUGUCUUCAUUUCAUCCUCCGCUUGCCAAGUUUUCUAUAAACUUUUAGGACAUGGUGRUGCUCCAAAGAGUUCUUUCAGGAGUUACCUUGAUGGAUAMAAAUAAAUAAUAUUCUCCGCUAGGACAGCCUAGAGAUAAGAUUUCUGAUUCUUUUUUUUCCCCCAAGUCYGUCUGUAUGCAGACACAACACCAGUUCAUCUCUAGAGCUUGGAGUCAUUUCUUAU